GCGGAAUAAGCACUUGAUAUGUUUCGUUGGUGAUAUGUCUUCAAAAGUAAAAAUGGCUACUCUGUCUUUGCUUUUUGUCUGUUUUAUUUCAAUAUUGAAUAUCCGGAAGGUCAUGUGUGCUGCUUCCUGUGGACCAAUUAUAGCUAAUGAUAAGGAUCGUAUUCAAGUAGCUCUCAACUUGGAGUUCCUAGAAGCCGAGUUUUUCUUGAACGGUGCACUUGGCAAGGGGCUUGACGCAAUAGAUCCAGGUUUGGCAGCUGGUGGCCCUCCUCCUGCGGGCGCCAAGAAGGCUAAUCUUGACCCUCUUACGAAUCAGAUCAUCGAAGAAUUUGGUUAUCAGGAAGUUGGUCAUCUCAGGGCAAUUGUAAAAACAAUUGGUGGGUUUCCAAGGCCCCUAUUGAAUCUGAGCACUGAGAAUUUCGCUAAUAUAUUUAACGAAGCAGUUGGCUUCAAAUUGUCACCUCCAUUCGAUCCUUACUUCAACACUCUCAACUAUCUCUUAGCGUGCUACGUUAUCCCUUAUGUGGGACUUGUGGGUUAUGUUGGCACCAUACCAAACCUCGUAAACUACACUUCUCGAGAAUUGGUUGCGGGACUCUUGGGAGUGGAAUCUGGGCAAGAUGCAGUGAUACGAACACUAUUAUACGAGAAAGCAAAUGAGAAGGUGCAGCCGUACAACUUAACAGUGGCCGAUUUCAGCAGCCGUAUUUCCCAGCUUAGGAACCAGCUGGGCAUGUGUGGCAUCAAAGAUGAAGGGCUUAUAGUGCCACCAACACUUGGAGCCGAGGGCAAGACAGAAAGUAACAUCUUAUCGGCGGAUGCAGACUCUCUAUCUUAUGAAAGAACGCCGCAGGAGGUUUUAAGGAUAGUAUAUGGAACUGGUGAUGAACACAAGCCUGGAGGAUUUUUCCCCAACGGUGGCAAUGGAAGGAUUGCAAAAGAAUAUCUUCAUGAAACCUAGGAGCUUUCACGUGUUAUAGUGUUAUAUUGUCUUUCUUAAGUCAUAAAUAUUUUAGAAUAAAUUGAAGCUCAGUCUGAUUAAGACUGCCUUCAUUGUCAACAGCGCUUGCUGAGUUAUACAUAGGUGAAUAAUUCGAGUAAA